AAACUGCAAGAUUUCUCGUGAGAAGCUCACAAGCCAAUAAAAGCUGACCAGCUUCUUCAACAACGUUCACGCAUUUCACUCCUCCUCAAUUUGACUUCUCCUUCCACACCCAGAAUCUUGUUUAGCUCGUUGAUCACUCCGAGCUGUCAGUUUUGGUGGUUUAGAUCUUCAGAUCAUCACCUUUCUUCUUGUUUGUGUUUUCUUGCUCUGUUUCUUUCUACUGUCAAAACUUGGUCUGGGUGCUAAGAAUUUCCUUGGCAUUCUCAUGGGCUUCCCGGAUUUAGAUUAGGUUUGAUUCUGAAACUUCAUUGUGAGGUUGCUUAGAUUAUUCUUAGUGUAACUUUGAACGUCUGACACAAUUGUCUUUCUCGUACCUUUAUGUGACCUAUACUUUACUUGGAUUUAGAGUUCUUCUUUACUUUAACCAAAUCUUAAAAAACAAAAAAACAAAAAAAGAUUUGUGCUUUACUGCGAUUUGGGUUCAGUAUUGUGUGAGAGCAUCAUUUCUCUGAUCCUUUAUACAAUCCGGGGUUACUGAUUUUCUGGGUCAGUCUUAUCAGUGAGGCUACUGCAAUGGAUUCUUGCUGUUUGGCCUUGAAACCCAAUACCCAUUUGGCAAAUAAUGGCUUUUUGGGGGAGAGGAUCACAGGGAGCCUGAAUAACAACGCUUGGGUUAAUCAGGUGGCAAGAAGUUUUAGAACUGAGAAGAAGAUCACGACGCUCAAACCUGGUGUUGCUUAUGCUAUUAUUACUUCAAAUAAUGCCAAAGAGACUGUGACCAUACAAUCACCACCCUUUUAUAGACGAAAAGUAGACCCGAAAAAUGUGGCUUCAAUCAUAUUGGGAGGAGGUGCAGGGGCUCAACUCUUUCCUCUUACCAGAAGAGCAGCAACACCUGCUGUUCCAGUGGGAGGGUGCUAUAGGCUUAUAGACAUCCCAAUGAGCAAUUGCAUAAACAGCGGCAUAAACAAGAUUUGUGUACUUACCCAGUUUAACUCUACUUCCCUGAAUCGACACAUUGCGCGCACGUAUUUUGGAAAUGGUAUUAACUUUGGGGAUGGAUUUAUAGAGGUUCUGGCAGCCACUCAGACGCCUGGGGAAUCAGGAAUGAAGUGGUUCCAGGGAACAGCAGAUGCUGUGAGGCAAUUCAUAUGGGUGUUUGAGGAAGCCAAGAACAGGCACAUUGAGAAUAUAUUAAUAUUGUCAGGGGAUCAUCUCUACCGAAUGGAUUAUAUGAACUUUGUGCAGAACCAUGUGGAUCGAAAUGCUGAUAUUACAUUAUCAUGUGCAGCAGUGGAUGACAGCCGUGCAUCAGAUUUUGGAUUGGUGAAGAUAGACGGUAGAGGCCGUGUUGUCCAGUUUGUUGAGAAACCAAAGGGAAAUCAUCUGAAAGCAAUGCAAGUAGAUACAAGUCUUCUGGGUUUGUCCCUGCAUGACGCUGUAAAAUCCCCGUAUAUUGCAUCAAUGGGAGUCUAUGUCUUUAAGACAGAGAUUUUACUGAAGCUUUUGAAGUGGAGAUAUACUACAGCAAAUGACUUUGGAUCUGAAAUCAUUCCUGCAGCUGUGAUGGAGCACAAUGUCCAAGCAUACAUAUUUAGAGACUAUUGGGAGGACAUUGGAACAAUAAAGUCCUUUUUUGAUGCUAAUUUGGCCCUUACUGAAGAGAUUCCAAAGUUCGAAUUUUAUGAUCCAAAGACACCCUUUUACACGUCUCCUCGAUUCUUACCUCCAACCAAGAUUGAUAAAUGCCGGGUUGUGGAUGCAAUAAUCUCGCAUGGAUGUUUCUUGCGAGAAUGUAGUAUUGUACAUUCAAUAGUUGGCGAACGCUCACGAUUAGAUUAUGGUGUUGAGCUCAAAGACACCGUGAUGAUGGGAGCAGACCAUUACCAAACUGAAUCUGAAAUUGCAUCUCUCUUGGCAGAAGGGAAGGUCCCAAUUGGGGUUGGAAGAAAUACAAAAAUUAGGAAUUGUAUAAUCGACAAGAAUGUGAAGAUUGGGAAGGAUGUUAUCAUCAUGAAUAAAGAUGGUGUUCAAGAAGCAGAUAGGCCAGAAGAUGGAUUUUACAUUCGAUCCGGAAUCACCGUUAUCCUGGAGAAGGCGACAAUAGAAGACGGCACAGUCAUAUAAAUGUAUCUCAAGUACUUUUACAGGCUGUUUAGGCGUUGGGAAAGGGAUACUGCAAACCAAAUUGCCUGUGCUACUGGCGCAAAUGAGAGGACAUGCAUGGCGGCAUUUUCUCACAGAAAGAAGCAAGCAGCAGCUUUUUUUACUGUAUGUAAACUAGAAGUUCCUUGCAUGUAUAAAAAGAGAGUUUAUUAGUCUUAUAGCUUAUAAGAUUUCAUAGAUGCGAGAAGUACAUAAAUAAUCAGAGGGCUGGCUAGCUGGCUGGCGGGCUUUUUUCCUGUGUAUUGCAUUUGUAUUGGGUUUUCAUAAAUGCCAGACAGAUACUUUCUUUCUGUAUGAAUAAUGAUUAAGAAUAAUGGUAACGAGUUGGACUCUUACUGGUAUGAAAAUCUAUGCUCUUAGAAAGAUUCAUUGGU